AAGAAGCUUCGUCAGGAGAAGAAGACGAGAUGCCUCCGGUGGUCAGUUAUGGCCGUUGGGCUUUGACACUGAAGACGAAGAAGAACCAGCAAUGCCACCACCGCAUGCUUCGUCUCCUUUCCCACUUCGCUGCCUGUAAUAACAAUAGCCCUGGCCAGCCUUCGCCACCUGGCCCACCUCCCAUCCAAGUUUCGUUCACUGAGUCGGCGGGGAGGGGAGUGUUCGCAACUCGGAGAAUUGGUGCCGGUGAUCUCAUCCACACAGCAAAACCCUUAGUAUCUCAUCCUUCCCUCUCCCUUCUCAACAAGGUCUGCUAUUUUUGCCUCAGGAAGCUCCCAACCGCUCAAUCGUCUGAUGCUUUAACCGUUCCUCUGUGCAGCGACCAAUGCAGAGAGCACUCAAAGGCUUUUCUGGAAGUUGAAAAGAGAGCAGAUUGGUCACCAUAUAAUGAGUACUGUAGAAUCCAAGGUUUGAAGUAUCCACUACUGGUAAAGCGGUUGGCUUGCAUGAUUAUAUCUGGUACAACAUCAUCAGACACCCUCGAUGUACUUCAACCUGCUUAUCUAUCCCCUGAAAUGAUUUCAAAGAUGGAAGAGGAAUUUUGCUUGCUGAGGCAUGCUUUGGUGAAUGCGGGAAUUAAGAAUGAAAUGAUGGCAUUUCUAACCAAGGAAUGGUACUCUGGUGUGUUGGCACGGAUUCGUAUCAAUGCUUUUCGCAUUGAAUUGGUUGGAGGAUCAUAUGAGGAUUUACUUUUAUCAGCAUCAGCCUCCGUUGAAGCUGAAGCUGCUGUUGGAAAUGCUGUUUAUAUGCUUCCAUCUUUCUACAAUCAUGACUGUGAUCCCAAUGUGCAUAUUAUUUGGAUCGAGAAUGUGGAUGCAAGAUUGAAAGCCCUGCGUGAUAUUGAAGCAGGUGAGGAGCUUCGCAUCUGCUACAUCGAUGUGAGCAUGAAUCAUGAUGCUCGACAAGAACUGCUGUUUGAAGGGUUCGGUUUUCGCUGUAAUUGUCUUCGGUGUAUGUCUGGUGAUUAGG